GAAACUACUCACAUUCGUUUACGCCACGGCCACAAUCGUAAUGCUCGCUCGAGCCUCUCCGCUUCUCCGUUCCCUCCCCCAAUCUUCCUCUUCUCCAAUGGCUCGUCUUGUUGCACGCGCCGCCGCAUCUUUCCCCGUUAAUCUGUCUGCGGAUACCGUCUCAUUCCGUUUGGCUGCCGAUCUGGUAUCCUUACGCUGUACGAAUCGGCUCUCGGUGUCUUCGUUAUGCGGUCGGAGAUUUCAUGCCCUGUGCCGAGAGGACGGGAAGCUGUUGAGAAGAGUAGGAACGGUUUUGGCUUCGAAGAGAGAGUAUCGGAAGGCGAGGAGGCGGCCGGUGAGGAGUAAAGAGAAGGAAUUGGAACUCAGCGUCAGUAUUGGAAUUGAAGACGACUUGCCUGAUGAUCCUGAAGUGUUGAGUAUUUCUGAGUUGCUUCGUCUUAAUGUGCCAAUGGCAAUGAAGUCAGCUUUUGAUGGGUUAAAUGAUUCAAAUUAUGAAACUAGAGAUACUGCUAUACAAGAUCUUGGUGGUUUUGAAAGUGUGGAGUUAUCCAUACUCCUUUGCAACGAUGAGUUUAUUCAGAAACUUAAUAAAGAAUGGAGAGAUGAAGACCAUGCUACUGAUGUCCUCUCAAUGUCACAGCAUAUCCCUGGACUCAACAUUCCCAUUCUUAUGUUGGGUGACAUUGUAGUUUCUGUUGAGACAGCUGCAAGGCAAGCAGAAGAAAGAGGACACACACUUCUUGAUGAAAUACGCAUCCUUAUGGUUCAUGGAUUGCUACAUCUGUUGGGUUUUGAUCAUGAGAUUAGUGAAGAAGCUGAAGAAGAAAUGGAGGAGGCUGAGGAAUUGCUUUUGAAGAGCCUUGGAUGGAAGGGAAAAGGAUUAAUCCGGAGUGCAUGUGAUGCAGAUCUUCAUACAGAGAAUUCAGUUGAUAGGAAGAAAGAAGGCAGUCUCCGAUUCUAUAAACCAAAAUUCAGAUAUAUCUUCUGUGAUAUGGAUGGUACAAUGCUGAACAGCAAAAGUCAAAUUAGCCAAGGAAAUGCCAUGGCUUUGAGGGAGGCAUUAUCAAGGGGCAUUAAAGUUGUUGCAGCCACUGGAAAGGCCCGUCCUGCUGCAAUGGAGGCUCUAGAUGCAGUUGGCUUACUGGGUAGAGAAGGAAUUCUUUCAGAGUACUCUCCUGGAGUGUUUUUACAGGGAUUGCUUGUUUAUGGUAGAGAGGGCCGUGAAAUUUUUAGAAGGAAUUUAGAUGCAGAUAUCUGCAGAGAGGCAUUUCUUUACUCUUGUAAGAACAAUGUUCCUCUUGUCGCAUUCUGUGAGGAUCGUUGCUUGACCUUAUUUGAUCAUCCUCUUGUUGAUACUCUCCAUACAUUAUAUCAUGAGUCAAAGGCAGAGAUCAUGCCAUCAGUUGACCAUCUUCUGGCUGAGGUUGACGUGCAGAAGUUGCUUUUUCUGGAUACUGUUGAGGGCGUUGCAAGGACUUUACGUCCCUAUUGGGCUGAGGCAUUAGGAGAUCGUGCCAAUGUUACCCAGGCUGUAGCUGACAUUCUUGAGAUUGUUCCUCCACAGACCUCUAAGGGGAGGGGAGUGAGAAUGUUGCUUGAUCAUUUGGGUGUCAGUGCAGAGGAGGUGAUGGCUAUUGGUGAUGGGGAAAACGAUGUAGAUAUGCUUGAGUUGGCAUCUCUUGGUGUUGCUCUCAGUAAUGGGUCAGAGAAAGCAAAAGCUGUGGCAGGUGUAAUUGGUCUUAGCAACGAUGAAGAUGGUGUUGCUGAUGCCAUUUAUCGAUAUGCAUUCUAGGAUUUAGGACCAGGUAUGAAAAUUUUGGUUGCCUCGGCACAACAUAAAUGAUGUUGGAUGCAGUUCCAAUUUUACCCGCUUUUUAUUGCCUACUUCAGAGAAUAAUCAUGUGAGCUGACACGAGAGGAGAUAAAUGCCUCCCAACAGCAAAUAAUUUUAUUUUUUGCUUAUUUGGUUAUUUUAGAUGGCCUAAUUGUUGCAAAAAAAAAUUAUGAAGUUUUUCAUACUUUUGUAUACGGAAUUAUCAUUAUUUUUUUCAUUAAUACAAGAUGUUAUUCUUC